AUGGCAGCUCAUAAUCCACCGCCACCGGAGGAGGAAUUGAUGGAGUCAAUUCUGGCUCCUCUUUUCACGCGGCCGAAUUCAAACAUCGUCAGACCACAAAUCAAAGCCAACAACUUUGACAUCCAAUUGUCAUUGAUAGGAUUGGUGGAGAAAACCCAGUUUGGUGGAGAAGAUUAUGAAGACCCCCAUGCUUUCAUGGACAGAUUUCUAAGAAUCUCUGACACUACCAAGCAUCAUGGGGUAUCAGAUGAUGCAAUUCGAUUGAGGUUUUUUCCUUUUGCUGUAACAGGGAAAACUCUCAGAUGGUUGGAUAGGCAAGCUCCCAACAACAUCAGAACGUGGGAUGAUCUGGCAGCCAAGUUUUUCGCAGAACACUUCUCCAUGGAGCAAGAAAAAGAGGAAGAAACACCUGCAACCAAAGAGCCUGCGACAAAAGACAAAGACGAGGCAAAGGAGAAAGCUGCAGAUAUUUCAAAGAAGCAAUGA